AUGACGGAGGGAGUGGAGGCGGAGGACUCUUCCGCUGGCCUGGUUGUCCCUCCCGGAUCAGCGUCCCCCACCCACUCCUGCACCGAUCCCGGACGAGCCCCCGAGGAGGCGCCGGAGGAGUCUGCGGCAGGUGGAGAGGGAGGGGAGGAGGGUGCCGAGGGAGGCAGUGACGAUGGCGAUGGAGGGCGAGCCGGGCCCCUGGGAUUCUUGGGCUUGGCAGGGACUUGCUGUGUGUGCAUAGAGAUGGAACAGGUGCGCAGUUGCCUGCGCUCUGAGAAGAUCUGCAUCCUCCCCAUCCUGGCCUGCCUGCUCAGCCUGGCCUUCUGCACUGCCGGCCUCAAGUGGGUCUUUGUGGACAAAAUCUUUGAGUAUGAGCCGCCCACCCACCGGGACCCUGAUCGCAUGGAACAAAACCCCUUCAUCGUCAUUGCUGACCCCACAUGGGAUCUGCCAGUGUCAUUUCCCCACCCCUCCCCUGUCCCAAUGCCGACGACCACCAGCACAGGACAACCUGAGGUCAUAGUAGAGGGGAAACCCACCGGAGGACCCUUUGUACCCCAGUCCCCCAGAGUGACUCAGUACACCCCUACCUCUGCAUUGACGUACCGCACAGACCCGCCCAUGCAACCUGGACCCCCUAUCACCCCAAAACCAGUGAACAAGGGAACACCAACCCCCUACCCACAAACUACUGUGGAAUCGAAUGACAUUUUUGUCCCUACAUUCUGUAAGUACGCCACACUUUGUAUUUCCAAUGAAACCAUGUGUUAUUUUAAUUUGCUCUCAGUUUUAGUUUACUCUCAUGUUGAGUAAAUACGUUCAGUUAUAUUAGCCUUGGAAGUUUAGACAAGAAAGGAUUCUGAGGUUUUAUGUCAGAUUAAGACAAAAACUCACAAAUAUUCACUACAGUAAGAAUGUUUAUUUUAAGGGAGCCAGAUAAUGUAGUCAGAUGGAGGAAAUCAACUGUCAGUUGAUGUUGAAAUCAAACAUCAGCAUACUGGGUACAGACAUGCAGAAAGGAGAUCUCCAUGUGAUACUAUUCAGUGAAAUAGUUUGUAUACAAUCCUCCAGUGUACAAACUUUCCCUACUGCAAUAGGCAGCCUAAAAGGCCAUUACUUGUACAUGUAAAAAAAAAAAAAAAAAAGCUUUUACAACUAGAUUUUUUCCUAUUAUGCAACUCUAUACUGAGAAUAAUAGUGCUAAGCACUCUGUCUGAAAGCAGAAAUGCUGUGACUUGCAUUGUAGCGCAAGUGGCCAUGACUGUAAGUCGCUCUGGAUAAGAGCAUCUGCUAAAUGACUAAAAUGUAAAUGUAAGCCUCGGAAGAAUUAGCACCACAGGUUGUUACUGCUAAACAACUAACUAUAAAGUAAACAACUAGCUACUACUGCAUAAACAUGCCCUUACUGUCCCACACACCACAUCCGAUGCAGUUAAUCACAAGCCUGUUAAUACCAUGCUGUUAUGUUAAUUUCACUCAGCAUGUCACCAAAACAUGUUCUCAUCUGCAUAUUUGAAAUAAGCACAAGGGCCCCCAAUGCUAGCCGCGCAUUAUUUCCAUUCAUAUGAAAAUAUGAAAAAUCAAUAGCUGAUGAUGCACGACUUCCUAAAACUAAAUGCUGUGGUGCCGGAGAGACUUCCUCCUGCCAGGCCGAAGCUCUAUUUCAAGGUCAGAGCCUGCUGGAGGCUAAUUGAUUCCCCCUCCAUCUCUGAGCCACAGAGAAAGACAAUCCCAGUAAUGCUAUCUACCAUGACUUUGAGAGCCGCCAGAGUUAUAACUGUUGGAAAUCUGCCAAACUCUACCGGCACUUUUGUCCUUUUGCAGCUUUAUUCCCCGUUCCCUGCGAGAUUUCAUAUAUGUUUUUCUCAUCUGUCCUCAUUUUAGUGAGGUGGAUGAUGGCCAUACAGAUGUGA